AUGAAGAAAAAAUAUUCUCUGGAGGAGAAUGGCACUCAAGGACUCUCCUUUGCAGACGAUGGUGUCCGGUGGCGAACUGGAUCUGAGAUCAUCAAUCCAGAUGAUCCUUGUGUGCACAACUAUGAAAUGGAUCACCCUUCCUCAUUUAGGAAAUAUCAGCAGAGCUUGCAGAUGCUCAAGCCCUUGCGUUUUUCCUCACCGCAGCCCCACCCUGUGGACAAUGCAGGUUUCCUGUCCUUCAUGACUUUUGCCUGGAUGACCCCCAUGAUGUGGUCCAUUUUUAGGAAUAAGCUGGACAUCUCCGAGCUAAAGUUGUCUCCUUUUGAUAUUGCUGACACCAGUGCACAAAGGUUUCAGAGAAUCUGGGAUGAAGAAGUGGCAAAGAGGGGUCUGGAAAAAGCCUCACUGGUUCGUGUGGCCUUUCACUUUCAACAAACCAGGCUGAUUGUUUCUGUCAUUAUUGGUAUUCUUGCCAUGGUUUCAGCAUUUUUGGGCCCGGCUGUUCUGAUCAGCAUGAUCUUGAAUUAUAUUGAGAAGUCAGUGUCCAACACAGUGUCCUAUGGUGUUGGUUUGUCCCUUGGUCUGUUCACCACAGAAUGUUUUAAAGCUCUCCUAAUAUCCUUGCUGUGGGCAAUAAACCUGCGCACAGCAGUGAGACUGAAAGGGGCUUUCUCUACAGUGGCUUUUCAGAAAAUCAUAUCGCUGCGGGUAUACAGCGGUGUUUCAAUGGGAGAGAUGAUUAACGUUUUGACCAGUGAUGGCCACAGAAUGUUCGAGGCUGUACUGUUUGGGAGCUUUGUGCUGUCCAGCCCAGUGCUCUUUGUUUUGUGUAUUGUCUACGCAUGCUACAUUCUGGGCUACACCGCACUGACUGGAGUCCUCACAUACCUGAUUUUUGUCCCUGUACAGAUUUCCUCGGCCAAGCUCAUAAAUAAAUUCAGAUGGAAGUCCUUAUUGAUAACCGACAGCAGAGUUCGCACAAUGAAUGAGAUUCUCAACAGUAUAAAGCUAAUCAAGAUGUACGCGUGGGAAGAUUCUUUUGAGAAGACGAUUGCAGGCUUAAGGAAAAAUGAAAAGAAACAACUACAGAAGGUCAGUUAUGUCCAGAAUCUUAAUACAAGCAUCACCAGCAUCAUCCCCACCAUUGCCACUGUCCUCACCUUUCUGGUUCACACUUUGUUGGGGUUACCUCUCAGCACUUCUGAUGCUUUUACCACAAUUGCCAUCUUCAACUGCAUGAGGUUCUCCCUCGCUAUCCUGCCCUUGUCUGUGAAGGCCACAGCUGAGGCUGCUGUAGCACUAAAACGAUUAAGGAAAAUUUUGCUGAUCCAGAAUCCUGAGCCCUACCUGAUGAAAAAGGUGGAUAGUGACUCAGCUAUAGUGAUGGAAAAUGCUACAUUUUCCUGGACCAGACCUGAAAGCCAGUCUGGCCCCCCACCCAGCACAGCCAACGGAGUGUCAGAACACAAGACAGCUGAGACUGAAUCCUCAUCAGCAUUGAAAAACAUCUCCUUCACACUGCCUAAGGGCAACCUGCUCGGUGUCUGUGGGAAUGUGGGGAGUGGAAAGACAUCACUGAUUUCCAGCAUUUUGGAACAGAUGCACCUUCUUCAGGGCUCCAUCACAGCUGAUGGGACAUUUGCUUACGUCUCCCAACAGGCCUGGAUUUUUCAUGGAACUGUUCAAGAAAAUAUCCUCAUGGGGGAACCUUUUGACCAAACCAAAUAUGACAGGGUUGUGGAUGUCUGUAGCCUCAGAGCUGACCUGAAGAUUCUGCCAUUCGGUGACCAAACUGAGAUUGGGGAGCGGGGGCUUAAUCUGUCAGGGGGACAGAAGCAGAGGAUCAGCCUGGCCAGAGCAGUCUACUCCAACAAGGACAUCUUUCUCCUUGACGAUCCUCUAUCUGCUGUUGACGCUCAUGUGGGGAAACAUAUUUUUGAAGAAUGCAUAAAGAAGGAGCUCCAAGGAAAAUCUGUCAUACUGGUUACACACCAGCUCCAGUAUUUGGAGUUCUGUGAUGACAUCCUGGUUCUGGAUGACGGGGAGAUCAGGGAGGCCGGAAACCACCAAACCUUGAUGAACGCCAGCGGACGCUAUGCUCAGCUCAUCACCAAUUACCAGAUGGAACAGUCCAAAAGAGAGGAAGAGGAGGAUUUAUCAUCCCAAGAUGCCGCUGAGUUGAAAGAGGUUGGGCUCAAACAUCGUGCAGACAGUGGGAUAGCAAACCCUGCAUUUGACAUGUCAGAUGAAAAGGAUCAUGAAACAACAGCUGAGCAAAAGCCUCCUGUCACGUCUGAUGACCAGCUGGUCCGUCAAGAGUCCUCCACAGAGGGUGCUGUCUCCUUAAGAACCUACCACCGGUACUGUCAAGCAGCUGGAGGCUACAUUCUCGUCUUUCUCACUGUCCUGGGCAUUGUCCUGAUGAUUGGAUCCACAGCCUUCAGCAACUGGUGGCUCAGCUUCUGGCUUGGAAAGGGUAAUGGGUCCACUCUCUCUCCACUAACAAAAGAUAUUUUGUCUGUUUUAUCGCAGUCAUCGACUAACCCAGGUUCAGAUCCAGGUGACAUCUCAAAAAAUCCAGACCUGCACUAUUACCAAACGAUUUAUGGUGUGAUGACGCUCAUCAUGGUGGUACUUGCCCUCAUCAAAUGCUUCUUUUAUACUUAUGUCACCUUGAGGGCCUCCUGCAAACUCCACAAUACAAUGUUCAAGAAGAUUAUUGCCAGUCCAAUGAGUUUCUUUGACACAACUCCAACGGGCCGAAUUCUAAACCGUUUCUCUAAAGAUCAAGAGGAGGUGGACACUGUGCUUCCUCUUCACAUGGAUCCUUUCCUGCAGUUUUGUCUUCUCGUCACAUUCACAAUUCUCAUCAUUGCAUCCGUUUUUCCAUACAUGCUUGUGGCUGUAGUUAUCAUGGGAGCUUUGUUUACCCUCAUUCUGUUCCUAUUCCAAAGGGGUAUUCGUCAUAUGAAGAAGAUGGAAAAUAUCAGCCGUUCUCCCUGUAUCUCACUAACGACUUCUACACUGCAGGGCCUCAGCACCAUCCAUGCUUACAACACAAGAAACAGUCACAUAGAAAUGUUCAAGUCCCUGAAUGACAUCAACUCCAGUCACUUUUUAUUGUUUCAUUCUGGCACCCGAUGGCUUUCUUUCUGGCUGGACUUCAUGGCUGCUACUAUGACCUUGCUGGUGUCUCUGUUUGUAGUGCUUAGCAGUAAUGACUUUAUCGCUCCAUCCUUGAAAGGCCUGGCCAUAUCCUAUACCAUACAGUUGACAGGCAUGCUUCAAUAUGUAGUAAGACAGUCAACGGAAGUGGAAGCAAGGUUCAACUCAGUGGAGCGUCUGCAAGAAUACAUCAUGGAUUGUAAGUCUGAGGCCCCCAGGCAUGUUAAAGAGGCUCAGAUCCCACAGGACUGGCCUAGCAGUGGGGGCGUCUCCUUCAAAGACUAUAAGAUGAGGUACAGAGAGAAUACACCAAUCGUCCUAAACGGCCUUGAUUUCCACAUUCAACCUGGAGAGAAGCUGGGGAUCGUGGGAAGGACUGGCUCUGGGAAAUCCUCUUUAGGAGUAGCUCUAUUCAGACUAGUAGAGCCUGCAGCAGGAACCAUAAAGAUAGAUGGAGUUGAUAUUAUGUCCAUUGGCCUGCAGGAUUUGCGCAGCAAGUUGUCCAUCAUCCCUCAGGACCCUGUGCUGUUCAUCGGUACAGUAAGGUACAACCUAGACCCGUUUAAUAACUACACUGAUGAGGAGAUUUGGGCAGCACUGGAGAAGACCUAUAUAAAGGACUCAAUCUCCAAGCUGGAAGAAAGGCUACAGGCACCAGUGUUGGAAAAUGGAGAGAACUUCUCUGUUGGUGAGAGACAACUGAUGUGUAUGGCUAGGGCUCUACUCCGUAACUCCAAGAUUAUUCUUUUAGACGAAGCCACAGCAUCCAUUGAUUCAGAAACAGAUGCUCUAAUUCAAAACACCAUCAAAGAGGCCUUCAAAGACUGCACCAUGCUCACCAUAGCGCAUCGCAUCAACACUGUUAUGCAUGCAGAUCGUAUUCUGGUCAUGGACAAUGGGCAGGUGGCAGAACUAGACCAUCCAGAUGUGCUGAAGCAACGGCCAGACUCUCUGUUCUCAUCACUCCUGACAGCUGCUAAUACAGUAAACUCCUGA